GCUUGACCAGCGCAUUUAACGAAUCUUCGUUCUUUGGAAGUUUUAAAACUCUCGUGUGUACUUCGUCUUGCCCUACCGCUUUUCUGGUUUUAACCAAAGAUAUUACGUGCUGAAUUUUUUCUUUUAUAAUAUCUAUACCUUGGUUCGAGAAUUUCUCCGGAUGUUCGGACCGAUUAUCGCUAAAAAGAUUGUCAAUGUAGUUACACCAUUCUUAAACAAUAUCCACGUCGUGCUGCAGGACAACCAUGUUAUGGGAAAUUCCGAGGGAAAUUCAUAUCUAUCUAUUUAAACAGCUUUAGAUCAUCAGCAGACAAAAGUUCAGCUAGGUUAUCAAUAAAGAAAUAAGUAGUGGACCCAGGUGAGAACCGUAGAAACCUUGGGAACCCCGUAGAUAACACUGAACCUCUGAACAAGAAAAUCUGCAGCUCUCUACCAGAUAAAUAGGACCUAUCCGUGACAAAAGUGAACCAGGGAUACCAUAGUCAUGGUCCUAGAUUUCGUGGGUGUCAGCAAUAUCAGCGACAGAAUUACUGAUAUAAUUAAAAUAAAGAAACAAAUUGGUAUCAGCUUCUCGACUGCUGGCUGUGAAUUGCCUCUCUGAAGUUAUUGCUCAGAAAGUAAGGUUGUUUUCAACACAAUGCUUAAAGAGUUUGGGGAUGGCUGGAAGAUUAGAGACUUGUAUGCUGCUAUAACCUGUUUUAUGCAUAGGGUAAAUAUGGGUGAUUCGGAUGAGGGAACGCCAUCUGGUAUUUCCUCAAACGAAGAGCUAAUAGUGAAAUUCGGACCCGGUGAAAUUGCCAAUUCAUCAGACAAUAUAAUUAUCAUAACACCAGUAGUUUCUUCAGAUGACAACAAUGUAAACAAAAUUGUUGAAAAGCAAUCGAAAGAUGGAGAGCAAAAAGCAGCCGAACUUGAAGCUUUUAAGAAAAGCAACAAAAUCAAAAGAGAACUGAGUAAACUCAUGUCGGCAAGUGAUGAUGGGAAAAAUAAAUUGGAAAGUGAUGAAAAACCAGUCAUUGAGGAGAUAUCAAAUGAAGAAUUAACGGGAUCGAAACAUUCCAAAAUAAACAAUUCGCUAAAGGAAAAAGAAGAAAGUAAAGAAAAAGUAAUAACAAGAAGAAAGGAAAAAAUCACAAAGUCAAGAGAAAAAGUUACUGAAAAGAAUGUCGAGAAACCUUCAGAAUCAGAACCUUGUUGUCAAAAACCACCAAGAGAAAAGUUAUAUAAAUAUCACAGCGACAUAUUUUCCCUAGAAAAUUUGCCAACAAACUUGCAAACUGCCAUUUUUUCUGUAAAUGGAGCCCAAUCCAGAAAAGUGUACAAAAUACAAGAAUCUGCUGACCAAAAUUUUAGAAAGGAACAAAUCUUACAACAGUCAUCUGCACCUUUGUCACCAAGAUUGACUAGGGAUAACUACAAUGAUGAAAAAAGGCCUUCAAACUCUUACAGAAACCCUCUCACUGGAUCUGGACUACAAUCAAGCGAUGAAUAUGCUGUGGAUAAAAGACCUGCAAGUUCAUAUAGGAAUCCUUUAACUGGAUCAGGGCUACACUCCAGAGACGAACAUACAGAAAAAAGACCCUCAAGCUCAUACAGGAACCCUCUAACUGGAUCAGGGCUACGUUCUCAUGAUGAAUACACAGAAAAAAGACCUCCAAGUGGAUUCAGAAAUCCCCUAACUGGAAAUGGUCUGCACUCUCACGAUGAAUACAAAGGCAAGACAGAUAGGAGAAUAGAUGGGAACCCCGUGUUAGGAUUGGGAUAUGAUCCAGAAGUUCACCAAGGAGGAUCAAAUCGAGUACCACCUGGAGGCUACGCUCACAAACUAUGGUGAAGGCCCAUGAAAAAAAAAAUCAAAAUUCUUAUCAAUUUGUGAACCAUUAUUUACUUAUUUAUUCAAAAUAUAAAAAUGUGAUCAUUUGGAAUGAUGUGAUUUUUAUUCAGGUGCCGUCUAAGGAACGGAUGGAU